UACAGGGCUGCUCACUCUCCAGAGAGAGUAGUUGAGAGUGUGGGCAACUGCAGCGGGGAGAAUGGAGAGGUUACACUGACCCAGCCCAGUGAAGAUUUCUGGAGACCAUGACCAAGAAAAGAAUUGCUGUGAUUGGGGCAGGUGUGAGUGGGCUCUCGUCUAUCAAAUGCUGCCUGGAUGAAGACUUGGAACCCGUCUGCUUUGAAAGGACUGAUGACAUUGGAGGGCUCUGGAGGUUCCAGGAGAAUCCUGAAGAAGGAAGGGCCAGUAUUUACAAAUCUGUGGUCAUCAACACUUCUAAGGAGAUGAUGUGCUUCAGUGACUUUCUCAUCCCAGAUGAUUAUCCCAACUUCAUGCAUAAUUCCCAGAUCCUAGAGUAUUUCAGGAUGUAUGCCAAAGAAUUUGACCUUCUAAAGUAUAUUCGAUUUAAGACCACUGUAUGCAGUGUGAAGAAGCAGCCUGAUUUCUCCACUUCAGGCCAAUGGGAGGUGGUCACGGAAUCUGAAGGGGAAAAGGAGGUGAAUGUCUUUGAUGGAGUUAUGGUUUGCACUGGCCAUCACACCAAUGCUCACUUACCCUUGGAAAGCUUCCCUGGAAUUGAGAAGUUCAAAGGACAGUACCUCCACAGUCGAGAAUAUAAGAACCCAGAGAGUUUCACUGGAAAGAGAGUUCUUAUAAUUGGGAUUGGGAAUUCUGGAGGGGAUCUGGCUGUGGAGAUUAGCCACACAGCCAAGCAGGUUUUCAUCAGCACCAGGAGAGGGGCUUGGAUCCUGAGUCGAGUAGGAGACUAUGGAUAUCCUUUGGAUGUGUCAUCCUUAUCUCGAUUUCAACAUUUUUUGACAAAGAUUUGUAGUCAAUCUUUAGUAAACGCAUAUUUGGAAAAUAAAAUGAACCAAAGGAUUGACCAUGAACUGUAUGGCCUAAAGCCUAAACACAGAGCUCUGAGUCAGCAUCCAACAAUAAAUGAUAACCUGCCAAAUCGUAUAAUUUCUGGCAUGGUGAAGGUGAAAGGAAAUGUGAAGGAAUUUACAGAGACAGCUGCCAUAUUUGAAGAUGGCUCCCGGGAGGAUGAUAUUGAUGCUGUUAUCUUUGCCACCGGCUAUAGCUUUGCCUUUCCUUUUCUUGAAGAUUCUGUCAAAGUAGUCAAAAACAAGGUAUCCCUGUAUAAAAAGGUCUUCCCCCCUGACUUGGAGAAGCCAACUCUUGCAAUCAUAGGCUUGAUCCAACCCCUGGGUGCCAUUAUGCCCAUCUCAGAGCUCCAAGGACGCUGGGCCACUCAAGUAUUUAAAGGGCUAAAGACAUUGCCCUCACAAAGUGAGAUGAUGAAAGAUAUAGCUAAGGCUCAAGAGGAAAUGGCAAAAAGGUAUGUGGAGAGCCAACGUCAUACCAUUCAAGGAGACUAUAUGGAUACCAUGGAAGAGCUUGCUGAUCUGGUGGGUGUCAAGCCUAAUCUGUUGUCUCUGGCCUUCACCGACCCCAAAUUGGCAUUACAAUUAUUACUGGGACCCUGUACUCCAGCCCAGUAUCGUCUACAGGGCCGUGGAAAGUGGAAUGGAGCUCGAAAAGCUAUCCUCACCACAGAAGAUCGCAUCAGGAAACCUAUGAACACAAGAGUCAUUGAAAGCAAAAGUUCCAUGACUUCGACAAUAACAAUGGCCAGGCUCAUGCUGGCUGUUGUUUUCUUUGCUAUAAUUAUCACCUAUUUUUAGCUGUCCCA